CCUGUACCGGAAGUGGAACGUGUUGGUGUGGGUGCUCUCCCUUUUAUGUUUCACCACAACAACACGUGAAAAGAUUCAAUAUUGAACACAAAGAUGCAGAGCCAAACCUUUGAACUUCAGGAUGAACAGGAUGAGGCAGAUGAACAGGAUUUGGAUGAAUUUGAAAUUGAAUGUAUGCUGUACAGUCAGCUGCAUUACGAACAGGCAAACAAUAUACACAUCUCUGAAGAUGACCAUACCCAGACCCAGUUGAUGGAUUUAAAAGAUGUUACUUCAAAUGGUUUAGAUGUAAACAUUGAAACAGUUCAUAAGAAUGAUACCUUGCCUGACAAGCCAGCAAAAACUGGUUCCUCGACACCUGUGUCGAACAUCCUUGGUUUGCCUGCAGGUGCUAUUCAACACAUGAUCUACAGAAACAAGCAUGAGGGGUCAAGCAGCGACAGUUUAGCUGAUAAAAGUAAAUCUAGGAAAAGAAAAUUGAAUUCUGUCUCCCAAAUUCAUGACUCUGAUGACACAGUGUUUAACCAUGGGAAGUCAGUUAAAAGGGAGAAGACAAAAGGGAAUACAGAUGCCAUGGAGAAGACUAUUGUAAUCAGUAGUGACUGUUCAAUUAGUGACCAUGGUAACAGAUCUAAAUCAUACAAGAACUCUUCCCAUGAUCCUAUUUUAAUACAUUCUGACAGUAGUGUUGAUGAUACACAGAUGAGGUCAUAUUAUGGAGAAAAGGUUGUUGUUGAAAUGGAUAGUGUUCUUGAACCAAACACUAGCAUUAUCAGUUUGAGUUCGUCAGAGAGUGACAGCUGGGAUGAUCUGACUGCAAGUGACACCAACUCCAGCACUGAUGUACCACAUAUACAGGUCAACUUUAGACAAGGAAGCCUUACUCAGAGGUUCAAGGAUGGGGAAGGACAUGAUCCAGACAAGUGGAAAAUCAACCAGCAAGAUCGCCUGGGUAAUGUUGCGGGCAUGUCAAGAGGUCAAGGGUCAUCAUGUGGGAGAUUCGGUGGUGCAGGGCUGGGGGCAGGUACUACCGGCCAUCGUCUGUCAAAUGCUUGAAUUGUAAUGAAGUUGGCCAUCUGUCUAAAGACUGUCCAAGACCAAAGAAGUCCCAGAUCUGUAUAUUUUGUGGUUACACGGGACACUUCUACCGCAACUGUCCUCAGUCCCUGUGUUACAACUGUAACCAGCCAGGUCACACCGCCAGGCUGUGCGAGGCCCCAAGGCAGAAGCGGCAUUGGACAUGUUUCCGCUGUGAUAUGUUGGGCCACUCUCACGAGAAUUGCACUGACCACUGGAGGCAGUUUCACUUGACGACAUCUGUGAAGCAGCCAUGUCCAGUGAGAGGUCAGUCCGACCUCACCAACAAGAGAACAUUCUGCUACAACUGUGGAGGCAGUAAACAUUAUGGCUUUGUAAGUUUGGCAAGAGUUGUUAGACCUCUCAUUUCCCUCAACCUGCGAGACGCCUGCCUUCACAUCCUGAUGCAUCCAGACUAUCGGAACGCCAGAGUUGUCCAGCAAGAUGUCCUCAAACAGAUGUGGGUUCAGACUGUCCAAAGCGGUGAGAGCAAAGAUGGUGAAAGGAAACAGAUGAAAAUCUAA